GACAGCAGCCAGGCUGUUCGAAGCAGAUAGGAAAUUACAUGUGUAAUCAGUCAGCACUGAAGCAGUGAGCCAAUUGGAUGAGGAAGUCUGAUUUAAUCAAGACUUCUUCCUUCCUUUUUGUAAAACACAGAAUGUGCCUGCUAGCAGCACACACAGACAUAUUUUUCUGCAUUUUGAAAAUGCAAAGCAGGCCUCUCAUGACUUCGUACAGACUACCCACGCACCACAACUAAAAUCUCCUUGGCAGUUCCCAGUGACAGCUUUGCAAUGGAAGAAGACACACACUGCACAGCAGAAAGGGGGCUGUUGGAAGCUGUGAGCAGGAUUACUAUGUUUUCUACCACUGCUUCUCCUGAUGAAGAACAAAAUCAACCUAAAGCUGAAAUUUCUUGUCAAGUGAACAAAGAAAACCUGGAAAAAGAUGGCCUCCAAGAUUCUAGUGCAUCCCUAAGUCCCAACUCUUCAAUGACCACUAAGGAGCUUCAGGAAUACUGGAGGAAUGAAAAAAGCCAGUGCAUACAGGUCAAACUCCUUUUUGAAAUCCCAUCAACCAGAAUCGUAGAGCACCACUUAUCUAAAUAUGUGACAGGAAGCUUUGACAGCAACAAGUCUGUAAUUGAACGGCGUUAUUCAGAUUUUGAGAAACUGCACAGAAAUCUUCUGGAGGACUUUAGCGAAGAAUUGGAAGAUGUGACCUUUCCCAAAAAAGCCCUAACAGGGAACUUCACAGAAGAAAUAAUCAAUGAGAGAAAAUUAGCCUUUAAGGACUACCUGGGGCAUCUAUAUUCUAUGAAAUAUAUCCGAAGAUCAAAAAAAUUUAUUGACUUUUUAACAAAGCCAGAGCUUCAGGAAGCAUACGGCUGCCUGCGAGGUGGCCACUACACCAAAGCUUUGGAAAUCCUUUUAGAAGUCAUUGGUCUGCAGGAGAGGCUGACAAGAGGCAACCCUGUCUCAAUUGUCCCUACUCUCUGUGCUAUCGUGGUGUGCCACAAGGACCUGGACAACCCAGCAAGUGCCUUUGAAUAUGGAGAAAAAGCUCUAUCACGCCUUCGGGUGCAUAACAGUCACAGGUAUUAUAUUCCCCUGUUAGAAGCAAUGAUAACUUUGGCAUAUGAACUUGGCAAGGAUUUUCUGUCUUUGCAAGAGAAACUGGAAGAAUGGAAGGCAAAAAAAGAUCCCAUACGGGUUUUUUCCCUGAAAGAACUUGCAGUUCGGGAGUAUGUACAAUGAAUACAAGAAAUAAUUUAAUUGAAUAGCAAAGUUGCCUGCUCCUUUUCCUGAACACAGUAACUUGAAAGAGUAAUAACUAGAAAUUACCUGUUAGGGUAACAUAACUCUAAACUAGUAGAACAAAUAUAUAUGUGUCAACAUUAGCAUAUGUUUGAAAAUGUUAUAUUUACUCUACAGAUUUGAGAAGCGCCUAAGCUUAAGACUUCUGGAAAGAAAUUUGUAACUAAAAGUCGUUUAUAAUUUGCUUAUUUUGACAGUAUUUUGAACAUAGCCCGCUUUGUAUGUAUGGAUAGCUAGAAUAGGAAAAUACAAUGAAUAAAGCACUUAAGAAUCUGCA